GUAUUGUACGUACGUAAAUGGCGCAGGCGUAACAACCGAGAGCGUGCAACGGGACACAAAACAGAGCACGUCUGCAUGCAGAAUACCUCCUUUUCGCUAAAAAAAAACGACUUUGCGGUCAUUCAAUCAAACGUUUCCAAACCGGUGCGGACUUGACAACAAACAGACACAGUUUAUUUCUUUCAUUUUAAGUUUAAUCUGAGCUGCGUGGUGCACGAGGUAAGCGGAAACGGGGGGGUGAGAGAGCCGGAGCAUUGGGUCUAAACGUGACAGGACAGACCGCAGCACUCUGGUUCCCUUCGAACACAGUGUGGAUGUUGGAGUUUGUGACAGACUGCCGCUGCUGCUGUUAAAGCCUAAACAUGGUGAGGCUGGAGCUGGAUCAGGUGGUGAUGAGGAGGAUGAAGGAGGACGACAUAGAGGUGGUCAAAGCCCUCAUCAAGGAGGGCUGCGAGGGCACAGAAAACCGUCUGAUCCUCCACAUCCUCACUCGUCCGCUCUGCCUCUUCAUUCUGGCGGUUUUCUCCUCAAUCCUACGUUGCCUUGUCCACUCUUUUAUCCUGGCUCUUGCUAUUCCUGUCUUCCUGCUAAUUGUCUUUCUAAAGAUCACCAUGCCGCGAUCCACAGGGGUUCUGGGCAGCAGCCGCCCUUACUGGGACUAUGUGGGAAGCAGCUACAGAGGGACACAAGAUGAGACACUGCAGAAUCCCUACUGUAGAAUCAGUGGCAAGACACCAGUAACUAGAAAGCCAAGGCGCAGAAUUGGACCCAAAGAAAAGGACAAAGAGACGUCAACAGAGAAGGUCACCCCAGAGAGGGAGCAGUCAGCGGGUCAGGUUUGGGUGGCAGACUGCGAGGGGGACAUAAUCGGCUGCAUUUUUCGAGACAGCGAGAAACGAGCAGGCAUAAGCAGGAUCUGCAGGUUGGUGACAGGCUCCUGGUACCGCAGGGAGGGCCUGGGCCGGCUGUUGGUCCAGAGUCUGGAACAGAGAGAGAGGGAGAGUGGCGCGCACAGAGUGUACGCACACGUCCCCUACCCCUCCAAGGUGGCGGAGGUCUUCUUCAGGAAGCUUGGCUAUCAGCAACUUGGGGAGGGGGCUGAUGAUGAAGAAGACGAUGAGGAGAGGAAGCUGGAGACUGCUGAGAGAGGCUUUCUGGGACACCCCCUCACAAAGGUGUUUUAUAAAGACCUGUGAUUGAGUGAUGAUGGACAAAAAUGGCCAAGGAAUGUUUUUAGCUGAAGAAGGUGAUGGCAUCAUUGCUGCAGCAUGUUUGAAUAUUUAAGUUAAUAAUUUAUUGAAUAUUUAUGUUAUUCAUGCCAUUAUUUAUUUACUAUAUGUGUUGGUGAUUUAAGUAUAUGUUUACCUUUUCAGUAUGUAAAGUACCAUCUCUCCAUUUUUAUGAAACAAUUACAAUUCAGACAUUACAUUAUGAAGCUUCACUUGCACCGUUCUCUAAUAAUUUGUAAUGAAAAAUAAAGCAUUUAUGCAAAAUGUGUGUUUCCUAAA